CAUUUAUAUUUGAUUGAUGGAUAACAGCUCCAAUUUUCCGAAUAAAAAAACAGGUUUUUUUUGGGCUUCUUACGAAAUAAAUUAGGAUUUGAAUAAUAAAAAUGAAUAACUUAUUCAGAAGAAAUAUUUUGCCUAUUUACAAUAACGCUGUAAAAUUAAGUUAUCGUCCCUUCGCCGACGCUGCAACAAAAGAAAAAAUUGAUAAAAUUGUGAAAAAUAACAAAGUUGUUGUUUUUAUGAAAGGAGUCCCUGAUGCUCCUAGAUGUGGAUUCAGUAAUGCGGUUGUACAGAUCAUGAGAAUGCACGCAGUUCCUUAUGACAGUCACGAUGUUCUUUCCGACGAAAAUCUUAGACAAGGAAUUAAAGAUUACUCAAGUUGGCCUACGAUUCCACAAGUUUUUAUCAAUGGCGAGUUUGUCGGAGGCUGUGACAUAAUGCUGCAGAUGCAUCAGUCAGGGGAACUUGUUGAGGAGCUGAAGAAAGUCGGCAUCAAGAGUGCUUUGCUUACUGCAGCAGAACCAAAAACCGAGGAAAAGAAAUAGCAUCAAAGCUAUGUUUCAAAUAACAAGAAUCUUCUUGGUAAGGUACAUUAUUGCAUAAUUAUUGCAUAUUUUGCUGUUUGCAACAAUGACAUUGUUGAUAAUUGAUAUUGUUUAAAUAAUUUGGGGCAGUUCAAAUAUGAAAUUAAUUUUAUUAUUAUAACAAAAAUGAAAUGCAACAAUAUGUAAAGGAUACAAGAUAAGCAAAAAACACAGUACAAGUGGAUAUCGGUCUUGGAUAUUUGCAUUCUUUAAUUAAUUUCUUUCUAUACCAGAACCGGUUUUUAUGAUAAUGUCCUUGCUUUUAUGCUAUCAGAGUAGAAGUGUUACUGAAAUGAUACUCUUGGCUAUUGAAAUAAACCUAUCAUGCACAAAUUGUAAUGGUCUUUAGGAUAAUAAUGAUGUAACAUAAUCUUUUACUGAUGCAAACCAUGUUUUUGUACCUAGAGUAGCAUAUUAUUUAAACAUUAGUUGUUUGUUAUGUUUUAGAUAGUUAAUAAAGUACUGUAAAGUUAAAAAUGAAUACACGUUUUUUGUGUUUAA